AUGAGCAUCGUGCCCAAGGAGACGAUCGAAGUCAUCGCUCAGAGCGUCGGCAUCCCCAGCCUCGGCGCCGAUGUCGCCGUUGCGCUCGCCCCCGACGUCGAAUACCGCCUCCGCGAGAUCUUGCAGGAAUCCAUUAAAUGUAUGCGGCAUGCAAAGCGGACUGUUCUGACGGUGGAUGAUGUUGACAGUGCCCUGGGGCUCAGGAAUGUUGAGCCCCUAUAUGGAUUUGCUUCUGGUGAUCCAUUGUGUUUUAAGAGAGCUGUUGGGCAUAAGGAUCUCUUCUAUCUUGAUGAUCGGGAGGUAGACUUCAAAGAGAUUAUUGGAGCUCCUCUACCUAAAGCCCCACUGGACACAUCAGUUGUAGCCCAUUGGCUAGCGAUUGAGGGGGUACAGCCUGCAAUACCGGAGAAUCCUGCUAUUGACGCAAUUGUACCACCAACUGAAAAUAAAAGGUCUGAGCAUGGGAAGGAUGAUGGACUUCCAGUUGAUGUCAAGCUUCCUGUUAAGCAUGUAUUAUCUAGAGAACUACAGAUGUACUUUGAUAAAAUAGCUGAGCUUACUAUGAGUAGAUCUGAUACAUCCCUUUUUAAAGAAGCUUUAGUGAGCUUGGCAAAAGAUUCUGGUCUUCAUCCUUUGGUUCCUUACUUUUCCUACUUCAUUGCAGACGAGGUUACCCGGAGUUUGGGUGAUCUUCCUGUUUUAUUUGCUCUAAUGAGAUUAGUCCAAAGUCUUCUCCGUAAUCCACAUAUUCAUAUUGAACCUUAUUUGCACCAGCUGAUGCCAUCAAUGAUCACUUGCAUUGUUGCAAAAAGGCUAGGGCAUAGGCUCUCAGAUAACCACUGGGAACUUAGAGACUUCUCUGCCAAUUUGGUUUCCUCGAUUAAACUUCUUCUUUUGCCCAACCUUGUGACAUAUAUGCAACUUCUUGAGCCGGAACUGCAGCUUGAGAAGCAGAAAAACGAGAUGAAAAGGAAGGAAGCUUGGCGUGUUUAUGGUGCCUUGCUGUGUGCUGCAGGCAAAUGCUUGUAUGAUCGGUUCAAGUUAUUUCCUGGUUUGCUUUCUCCAUCGACACGGCCUCUUUUACGGAGCAAUAAAAGGGUCUUAACCAACAACCCAAAUAAGCGAAAAUCUAGCACAAAUCUCUGUGCAACUCAGCCACCUCUGAAGAAGAUGGCAACAGACGCAACAGCCAACUCCAUGGCCUCAGCUACCAUGGGAGGAAACAUGCAAGGUGCCAUGGAUGGCUUUUCCAGCCAGUUAGCCAACCCUGGCAUGAUGCAGGCCUCGUCCUCUGGGCAGAUGGUGGAGAGCAUGCCAUCAGCUGCGAUCUGGAGAGAUCAGGGCAGUGAUCUCGCACAGAGAGUUUCCGCAGUGCUUAGGCAAGCUUGGAAGGAGGAUCAGGACACCAGUCAUCUCUUGGGGCCUCUGUACGAGGUCUUCGGUGAAGCCAUCUUCUCCUUUGUCCAACCACCAGAGAUAUCCUUGUUUGUGUAG